AUGUUUCACCAGCUUCCUCGCCUAGCUCUACAACGCUUCUCGCGGCCUCUAGUCCAGUCGUCCUCCCGUGUGUCGUUAUCGAAUCAAACACGCACGCCUCUUCGUCUCGCAAGCACGCAUUCGGCAGCUCAUGCCGCGAAGCACGAUGAUCACGGCCACGGCCACGGCGGACACGAUGACCAUUUCGAUCCCCCUGGUGGCUGGCUGUGGGGCGAGAGACCUGGUGACAAGUACGAGAAGGAGGGCUGGGAGCCAUUUGCAUGGUUCUUUGUCGCAAGCUGGGUUGUGGCAGUGGCCGCUUAUACAAUGAAGGAGGAUACUUCGUAUGUUUUGCCCAAUCUCGAUCUUUUCCCUCGUCGCUGUUCAUAUCUGUCAUGGGGCUUUGGACCCAAAGAGGAAGCAUAUCUGUUGUGGGACUUUGGCACAAACAGGAAGCAUAUAUGCCUAGAUCCCCACUUCAAACGAGACUUGGAGUCGCCGUUUCGCUGA